ACUUUUAUUACUAGCUUUUAACCGAUUUGAUCGUCAUCUUUCAUUCAAUUCAUUGUAUUUUUUUACAUUGGCAGAAUUGUACGAGCCCUUAGUAAAAGUAGAAGGAGAAGCAUUGCUUUUGAAAUUUUCUACAAAAAAAUGUCACAUACCCGAUCACGGAGUAGAUCACGUUCACCUUUAUCCACGCGCUCUCGAUCACCUAGGGCACAGAUCGAGUCCUACGAGAUUCCAGAUAGUCCUCCAAAUAAUACAGAACAACGGAAUGAUAACGACACGAAAGAAGAUUUCCGGAGACUUUUAGUUAAAAAUGCACCCUAUAAUUGGAAAUGGGAGACUUUCAGAGAGUUCAUUAAUCUUAACAGUCAAUCACCGGUAGUGAAAGCCCAAUUACCACAUGUUUCCACAUCAAAAAAUGGUGAAUUCUUAUUAAGAUUUACAUCCAGUCUUCCUUGCUUAAUAUGUUACAAAGAAUUACAGGGAGCUAAAGCUGAUGGAAGGAAACUUCAUGUUACACCAAUAACAGACAAACAAAAUGAAGAUAAGAAAUCAGAAAUCAACAAAAGACCCAAGAAGGAAACGAAGAUUACCACUUUGAAGAAAGUUAUCACAACUGCAACUUUCUCUUCAGACCAAAACGCAAACGAGACUUAUGGUUUGAGUAUGAACUUUUUAACUUGCCUUGGGAUCAAACCUCCUUUGAUAAAUAAAGUCUUUGUGGGAAAUCUUGUUAACAAUAUCGAUAAAGAGAAAUUAAGAGAAGUCUUCGGUUUUGCUGGUAAUGUAACAAAUGUAUACAUUUUUCGCUCUCGCUCUGGAACGAAAAAAAGCGCUAAAAUCGAAUUUGACCAUCCUGUCGAAGCGGUCCAGGCAAUAUCUAUGUUUCAUCGUCAAGAAUUGUAUGGAAGAUCAAUGGUUGUUCAAAUGGAUCAACAACCACACACACAAUCUUUACCUGAAGGUCUCGCAACAAUAGGACCUGGUUUGGGUCCAAACGGUGAACCGUUGAACGGGAUAAGAAACUUAGUCGAAAUACAACCACUGAAGCAACUGCUGACGCAGGAGUUGAAUGAAUUGAAGACAGCAAAAUCAAACGAACUGGCACAAGUACAGGCCAACUUAAUAAACGCUAACAGCACAAGUUUAUUAGGAAAUCCGUUACAUAAUAUAAUGACUCCGUUAAAUAUUAAUACUAUGAAUAUGAACCCAUUGAACCCAGCAGCAUCUAUGAUUGGAAUGAAUGUACCUUUGAACCAGCCUGUUGGUGGACAGUCAAAUGUUCAAUCGUGGCAAGGAUUGUUGCAGCAGAAUAUGGGAAACGAUUUAGCGACGACUUUAGCUGCUUUGCAAGCUCAUAAUGUGAGCAACAAGAGUGGUUUCAGUCAAACUUUAUCAAGCGGACAGAAUAAUAGAAAUUCACAAACUUCCAGUGCUAAUAAUGAUAGUUAUCAAAUGGAUGACCGACGAGACAGGAAGUCGUUGGAGGAUAAUAAGGAUAGAAACCUGAUGACGUCAUCUGACAUGUUAGUUUUCAAUAAUUUGCCUCCGAGUGUGACAGUACAAGCAUUAAACAACAAAAUGCGUGAGAUUGGCGAGGUUGUAUUUGCAGAGAUAACUGGACAUGGCCGCGCCAUAGUACGCUUCCGUCAUAAUGAAGACGCCGACCGUUGUGUCAAAAUUUUCGACCGCUCGAAAGUGGACGGGCAGACAAUCGAAGUGAAAUUCUUCUAACGGCUCUUGUUCCAUAUCCAGAGGCAAGGCAAAGCCAGUUGAUUACAUGUAGAUUAGGUAUAAGUUUAAAACCUUUUUUUGUGUAUCUUUGGAGUUUUAAGAGCAUUCUAGCUUUUCGUCUUUCAAAUUGUAAACGUAUUGCGGUAGCUUAAUGUGACAAUUAACUUUUUUGCAUAAUAAUAGUGUAUAUGUUUUGCAAAUUGAAAUAUACUCUAUAUAUUGACAU